GGCGGCUCGGGGCAGGCGCCCUGGCGGCGCUCACUCGCGUCCCCUCCCCCACCUCCGCCGUCGACAGGGCGCAGGCUCGCGUCUGCGCCGGCGGCUGGGCCCUCGGCCGUCAGCCUCUGGUCACUGACCCGCGCUACCGGCUUCGCCUUCUGCCUCCCCGCGCUUCCCCCUCCCCGGACGGGCCGGACCCUGGCGGAGAUUUUUACAGCAUCUUGUGACUUUUGACUUAAUUGGUCAUUGAUAUCUCAGCAAGCAUGAAGAUAAGAUUAGAAGUUUUGACUUCAACAAGUAUCAAGCAGAAAAAACCCUGGCCACGAGUCUCCUGGUUGGGACAGGAAAAUGAAGCUGUUUUUCUUUUGGAUGAUAAAUUCAUAAAUGAAAUUAAUUUGCUAUCAGGAAGGACAAAGAAGAAAAUUCCCAGUCUUCAGCCUUUGUUGAAGGAUGUUACAGUCUUAACAACGUCCAGUAAUGAUGCCUGGCUGGCUGGGGUACUUGCUACAGGGGAGCUUUUCCUCUGGAACAAAGAUCAAGAUUGUUUGAAAACUAUACAAGCAACUGAAAAGCCUAAAGAAAUGAUUAAAGCUGCAGUAGCAAGCUCUUUGAGACUGUACUUGUAUGUAUCUGGCAAUGGGAAAAGAGUUCUGCUUAUAACUCCUUCUGGAUGCAUAUUUCUUUGGGAACAUUUGGAAUUCAAGAAUAUCUUAUCUUCUGAAAGCCCUUCAUUGGUGGGCCAAUGGUCCCAGAUCAUACCUGAAGAAGCAGUUCAUUUGCCUUCCACUGAAGAUAAAGAAGCUGUAGUGCAUGCUGUUUUUAUAAAAAAUGAGUUAUUUGGAGACUGCUGCUUGUGUUCAUUUACUUUCUAUUCUGGGGAAUGCCUGAAGUUAACAUUUCUAGCAAUUCGGUGGCAUGAAAAUGUAUUUACAUCUAUAAGAUCAUUGACAUACCAUGUUCAGUGGGCACAACAAGAUUGCCUUCUGUGCAGUCUGAUUCCUAAAUGUGAAUCAGUAAAGUCAAGAGGAGCUCUAAUUUCUGCAUUUUCAAGAGAUGGCAUUACCCUGGCAGUAACUCUUAAUCAGAAAGACCCAAAGGCAACUCAGGUAUUAUUUAUAAACACACUGAAUUUUGUUACACUCUGUGGUAGCCUUAAAGGAUGUAGUAAUAAGAAUCCUGUGGUUCCAGCUACACUUAUCAGGUCCUACUGGGUAGGUGAUAUCAGCUGGACUCAUGAUAGUCUUUUUCUGGCUUGUGUGUUAAAACGUGGCUCCCUGGUUUUAUUGACCUGCCAAGGUGAAUUGCUAACGUUAAUUACAUUUGGUUGCUCUAUAGAAUUUGGGCCAGCAGAAUUUAUUCCUCUUCAUCCACUAAUAACAUAUAGACCACAGCAGUUUAUACUUCAAGAUUCCGAUAAUUCUGUAGAUUCAUCAGCUUCUGAUAGUGACCCUAUGAGACAGAGAUUUUCUAUAAAAGCACAUUCACGGUUACCCUACCUCAUUAUUUCUGAUGGAUACAUGGUCACAACCCUUCGAUUUCUUGAUAAUCUGUCUCCAUCAGUGCUCAUGAGAUCCCUUCUACUUGAUUCAACACAGAGGCUUGAGAAAACAUACCAAAGUGUGAUAUUGUCUAAGCCAAAAGGCCAAGGGCUGAACUUGCAAUCACUGGAUUCCCUAAGAUCUAGCUUGUUAAAACACCACAGAAAUGAAAAUUUAGCUGAUUCUACUGUUCCCAGAUUCUUGCAGACAGAAGAAACAAUGAAGUUAAAUGAAAAAACAGCAGAUUUGCAGGAUUUUGAAGCCGAAGAAACGAAUGAAGGCGAACAUUUUCCAAACAACUUAUUUUCUUUUUGGAACCAAAAGAAUGAUCUGUUGUUUAGUAGUGCCAAGGAAGGAAGAUUGGAAUUUGCUUCUAUGUUUGAUACCAUACAUGCAAAAGAUAAUACUGAGGAGACAGAUAAAGCUGUUACAGAACUGCAUUCUGUCCAGAAAAAUCUCCUUGCAGCAUGGACUAUAGGAAUUUCAAAAAAUGUGACAGAAAAAAAUUUAAUGUUAAAUUACACAGUAGUUUGUAUCACUCAUUUUUUGUACAUUCUUCAAUUUAUAAAAUGUCCUUUCCCCAAACUUGAUCUUUUUUUAAGCAAGAGCCCAAGACAUAAUGCAUGGGUACUUUGUAUCUUUCAACUUUUUCAUCAGUGUUUAUCAAUCCAGUACUGGGAUAUGAGAUACAGACAAGAUGUAGGACAUUUGGUAAAGCUCACCUCAAAUACUAUAAAGCUUUUGCUGACACAGCAACAACAGAAUCAGUUAUUCUCAAAGAAGCUUUUAGCCUCUUUUCAUUUACUCAGAAUGGUAGCUGAUCAUUUAAAUGGUGUAUACAGUCUUCAACCAGAAGUUAUUUCAGCAUCAACUGAUGGAAGUAAAACAGCAAAGCAAGACUCAUUGGUGGUACCCAUUUUUCAAAUGUUUCAAGAUAGUGGUGCUUGGAAAAACUGGUCUUGGAAUUCAUCUUUCAAGAUUCGUCCUCAAGUAUUAAAUUUUGUUCAACAGCCAGGACACAGAUUGAUGGUUCUCUGGAGAGUAUUGUACAGAAAAACUUUAUGGUAUCAAACACAAUUAAGUCAAAGAGUUCCUGAAGAUGACAUACAGUUAACUGAAAAGAUGACACAUGAAGCAUCUACUGUCAAGUCCCUGUUAUGUCAUAUACAGGCUAAAUUGCAGACUGCUGGAGUUCUCUUGAACCAGACCUUAGAACUUAAAUCUAUCAGUGGGGAAGAGUGUUUCCUAUUAGGAUCAUAUGAAAAGUCUGUUCAACUAUGGAAGAAAGCUCUUCAAGAAGCCCAGGAGAAAGGAGGAAGAAGGAUAUGUUUUCUUCAGAUACGCUAUUAUCUUUCCCUUUUGUACUGCCACCUCUAUAACUAUAAUUUAAAUGAUGCUCAAGGAUUAUGUGAUCAGCUAGUAAGAGAAAUACUGAUAUGGUCCCACCUACCUGUAAAAGAAAAUGAAGAUUGUUCAGUUCCUGAGAAGUCUCAUUGUGAGUUUGGAGUGACUGGAAAUGUUCAUCCUGAAGCGGCGGUGAGGGUUAUCCAGUCCAUGGCUCGCUUCAUGGCUGCCUAUUUCACCAAUCAGCUGCUUUGCAUUUUUCCACCUCACAAUGUGAAUGUUCUUCCUCCCCUUCAUAUUAAAACAGAGCAGCCCUUUCGACUUAUUCCUCUGCAACACUCGAAGGUGGCCAGUGUUGUUAGAGAGCAGAAUCUUUCUAAUGUGUGGACAGUUGAAUAUGCCCUUGAAUUAUUAUUUAUUGGUGGCCUGGUUCCAGAAGCUGUGUGGUUGGCACAGAAACUUGGAGACUGGAAGACGUCUGUUUCCAUUGGUGUGGCCUUGCAACUGUUCUGUAAACAUGAUAGCAAUUUCACAAGGUCCAGGAUAAAGGGUCUGAAUCUACCGUUAAAUAUGACUCCAGCACAGAUUUUCCAGGAAAAACUGCAGUGUUUUUUAGGUCAGCCAGCCUCUUUGGAAGCAAAAAAUGAAAUGGGCUCAAAAUACAAACAGUUUACAGAUCCCAUUGAAGAAGAAGAUGCAGAUCUGCUAUUUGGUUCUGUGCAGGAAGUACUGAAAGCAGCAGUUAUGGCUGAUGCAGAUAUUCUUUCAGAGACAUUUCAGCUUCUGAUAAACUCUGCCAAGGACUUCAGUCAGAGACUGUGGGGCUUAGUGCCGGUCGGCUUGUAUCUUCCAGCUCCUCCAUUAUAUUGUCCUCAGCCAGCUAUUCUUAGUGAAGAAGAUGGUGAUGAUCUUCUUUUAAAAGCUGAAAAAGAUAAUCGCCAAAAGGUGUCUGGAAUCCUUCAACGUGUUCUCUUGCUUUUCCGGGCAGCUCGGUGUUCUUUUCCUGUAGCACAGUGGUACAUCUUGCAGUUGAGAUGGGCAAGAAAAGUCAUGCAGAAGAUUCGAAUGAAAGGAUCCCUUCCUUCAUUGAGUCCUUUCCCUCAGUCGUUACUUAAUUUCUGUAAGGGAGGUGUAGCAUUCUUUCGACCUGGGGCAACUGGAGACCACAAGCUUGAUGAAGUGUCCGUUAAAGCAAUAGGUUGCUUCAGAGAACUUUGUGCUUUGUGUUGGAUGCUGCAUGUCCGUGAUAAGUUAUCCUAUAGUUGCAGGCAAUAUCAGAAGGCAAGAGAAAAUGUGGAGGGAAAAAAGGACCUCGAAGUGAAGUUUGAUUCUUGUAUGGUUGAGCACUGUCUCAGUGCAGUGGAAUGGGCUUGUAGAAUGCUACCGUUCUCUCGGUUUUCUAAUAUUGAAGAACUUAUUCAGGAUCUAAUUUUGAGCCUCAUUGGAGAACUGCCACCAAUCAGAGAGGUAGCAGAAAUUUUUGUGAAAGCAUUUCCCAAUCCUGAGGACAUAAGGGUUCCUUUAAGAGAAAAAUAUCACUCUCUUCAACAGAGACUCAGACACAAUGUUGUGAAAGGUCCCCAAACUCAGGAAAUGAUGUCUGUUAUCAUGCAUUCUAUCCAUAAAGUGAGGGUGAAAGCUCUGAAACGUGUGCAGAGAAACAUAGGUUCUUUUGAGAUGAAUAUAUGGGAACCAACUGAAGAAGAAAAACCAGCUGAGGUUCUAGGUUUUGACAAGUUUUCCUUGGGAACUAGUUUGAGCAGGAGCACACUCACAGAACCAGGGAAUUCUCUGGUCCACAGUGAUGCAGAUACAGCUGAUACUUUCUCAGAAGCUUUGUUGGCUGAAGAAAAAAGUAGGAUACAUUUCUCUCAAAGAAAUGCCCCAGAUCACAUGGAAUUAACAUUGACUGGUAAGCCCUAUGGAAAAAAGAAAAUAUGUAAUCAGAAGGAAAACCCUAAAAGAAAAGAAGAUCAUGAAAAGUUGUUACAAAAUGCACUUCCUGUAAUAGGUGUUUGGGAAUUUGAACGUGACGAUGAUGAAUAUAUUAAAUUCCUUGAACUCUUCUUGAGUUAUGUUCUUGAAAGAGACCUACUCGGUUCCAAGGAUGCUGGCAUUCCAUUUCUAACUAGCUUUUCUGGACAUCUUAGAGAACAUGAACUUAAUUCUUUACUUUUUGAUGUACAUACAACAUUAAAACGACGUCAGGGCAAAACCAAAAGCCAGAAUGUGUUUAGAGCUGGCUCUUGCUUUGUUGUUGCUCCUGAGUCAUAUGAGUAUGAAAAAUCAGAAAACCAGACACUUUCAGCUUCUGUACUGGUUAAUCAAGGGAUCAGGCCUUUUUUAGAGAACGCUUUGAAUGAAGUCAAUAAAAAUGAAGGGAAGAGUGGGUUGUUUGGUUUAAAACAGAAGUCAGUUUACAGAAUACAAGAUGACAAUGCAGAGAAAACUUUAAUACAGAGAUGGUCAAACCAUAGUUUUUGCACUCCCAAGUCUAUUGAAACUAGAAGAUGUAUUUUCAGAGCAAUUCAAUGCAACGAUAUUAACCCUCAAGAAGAUCUUCCUCUAGCACUAAAUAACACAUUUGGCAGUAUAAGAAGGCUGUUGGAAUGGAUGAUAAGAUGGUCUGAUAGAAGACUGCUCUGUGAUUUUGGUCUCACUGCGUCAUCCUGUGAGUACAGUCCCGUCAUUCGUGUAAAGACCUCUACAGCUGCCAUUCUUACAUCAUUGUGGCUUUUGAAACAACCCUAUUUUGCUACAUAUAAGGCAAAAAAUGCCAUUAUUAAGGUGCUAGAGAAUAAUUACCCUGAGCCUCAGAAUGGACCCAAUAUAGAGAGUGAUUAUAAAACAGAUGCUGGCUGUUCUGUUGCAGUAUCCACUGAAGGUGGGACUGAGGAAAGAAAUGAUCAAAAUGAAUCUUGUCAAAGUGUCUUGAAUAGAAUGCCAAUUGAAGUAAAAAAUCCCAAAAUAAAAGGAACCGAUGAUGAGAUUAUUUCUGUCACUGAUGAUACUGAAAAAGAAUUUGUAGAUAUUGAGGAGGAUGUUUUAGAAGUAGAAACAUUUACACAGGAGGAAAUGGAUAUAUACCCAUCAGACUAUGAAGAGGAUGCCAAAGAAUCCGUUGCAAUUGUUGAAAGUCCCAGUAUUACCUCUUACAUGCAGAUGGAGACUUUACCACAGCAUUUAGAAGAACAUUCCACAGGAGAGGUUCUGUGUCCAGGGGAAGAACUGUUAGAGACAUGUAUGGAGGAAAAAUCAACUGAACAGAAAGGUAUGAUCGAAGGCUUUAUAGAUCCAGAACACAUCACUCCUCAUUCAUUUGGUGUAGAUACAAGUUCAGAAGUUUCUAGUGCACGGAUCUCUGCAUGUAAAGAUAAAUCUUCCUCAGCUCCACCUUUGGUAUCAAACAGAGUCACUGUUGCUUCACAAACACCUGGGCCAACAGCUCAGCCAGCCCAGAGAAACGAACCCAGGGCUCAGUUAUCACAUUAUUCCGAUUCUGUUAGGCAAAUGCUCCAAGAUGAAAUGUUUAAAUUAGUUCAGUUGCAACAGAUCAACUUCAUGAGCCUAAUGCAAAUAGUAGGAUCAUCCUUUGCUAACCUCCCGGAUAUACAUCAACUUCUACAGCAGUCUCAGUCUGUGCAUUUGGUGGGAAGCCAAGGAUCAAACCCCACAGGAGGGAGUAAUGAUGUUGAAGACACCAGUAGAAAUCUGAAGGAGAGAUUUUUCGUUAAACCACAACCCAUGGGAGAGUACACCAGAGAGCCUGGCAAGAACAGCCCACACUGCCAUAAAGAAAUUGUGCAAUCUGAUGAAAAUAGUAAGGGAAAUUUACAGAAUGUUCCACAUAGGAGUGUUCCUUUUUGUCAAUUAGAAGGCCAAACUCAGCAUAGAGGACUAACUCCAGCAUCUCAGAACUUACCAACCACUUCAUUGUCUCCAGCCCCUGCUGGAAAUACUCACCUCCACCUUUUGUCCACGUCUUCUGCCAUUCUGAAGACACCUGAACUUAUCCCCACUGCCAAAACUUUCAGACCUGGUGAUGGUUUUCCUUUGCUUCAAUUUCAGCCCAAGCCUGAAUUUAAGCCCCUUUCCUUCCAUACAGAAAGAGUUCCUCAAGUUCCCUUCAGUCCUCCGCCACAGCCAAGAGUGGCUUGGGGAUUAUCUGAUUUCUUCCAGCCUCCUUUGCCAAAGAGAGCAAUGGACACUACUUCAAUGUCCCAUUUGAAUUUGAGCCAGUAUAAUACUGAAGCCAUAAAAAAAGCAGUUGAGCAGAAGAAAUGGGCAGAAACAAUAAUUACAGAAAUCCCUAAGCAUGUGAACUUGGAUCAGUAUGUUGGACGAGAAAACUUGACACCUCAGCAGGACUCUGCAACAUUUAUAAAACCAGAAAAACUGUUUGAUGUUAAGCCAGGGCCCUUUGAGAUAUCUCCUCAGAAUUCUUUUGGACUUCCAUUAUUGCACCUGCAACUUAAACCUCCUUCUGUAUUUUCCUCUGCCUCAAGAGCAUCAGUUACAGUUCCAUCAAUACCUAUUAGAACUGUAGCAGAAGAAAGCAAAUACCCAAGACUAUCACUACUUCAUUCAUCUCUAUCGCAAGAAAAUAUGUACCAAAACCCACAACUUAUUCCACUUGAAAACCUUAUUGCAUUUAAACAAAUGCAACAGAAAUUAACGCAUAGUUUAUUUGAACAAGGCAAUCCUGGACACCUCCAGCUUCUACAGGUCAAAAUAGAAUCAUCUGAAUUGAGACAAGGAAAGGACAGUAAAAAAAGACAAAGACGACGAGCUGAAAAAGAGCUGCAAGAAAAAAGAUCAGAGAAGCUAAGGAGAAAACCAAGUGUGCCUUUCCAACCAGAGGAUUUCAUCAUUAAUGAUAAUGAUUCAGAAAUAGUUAUGAAACCCAAGGAGCAACAAGAACAUCAUGGUUCCCAGCCUUUGGAAGACUUUGACAUUCCUUUUGAAAAGCUCCAGGAUGAUGUUAAUACUUCAGCUGGAUUGCAUUUCAUGGCCUCUGUAAAAAAGAAAGUUAAAGAAUGUCAGGAUGCAAGUACAAAUAUAGACCCAGAACAUGAAUCUUUGAAUGUUCCUCAACUUUUGGCACCAGAUGUAUAUCUGAAUCUCAGACUUUCCACUGAAAUAUCAGAGAAACCUCUGUCACCUUCAGCAAGUGAAACGAUUGGACACACUUACAUAAAUGUGAUUGACAUUGAAGCUGAUGAUCUACACAAAUUACCUGUUAGAGAAGAGCCUUCAGAUGAUAAUAGUAUCAAACAGCAAAGCGAUCGUCUAGAAGUCCCAUCUUCUGCCGAAUUACAUUACAUUGCAGCUUCAGUUACUAAUGCUCUUCCACUGCACAAUUUUAAGAGUCAAGAAUCUGGCAAUUCCGCUAUGGAUUUAUUUUUUAAACCUGCAAAAGUGUCUCCAACCUGUCUGGAUGGAAGAAGCUGGAGAGCAGGCAUUCCAGAAGUGAAGGAGCCUUGCAUCACCUCACCUCCACCAUCAGACAUACAGCAGGACAAAGAUACUCCGAAGCCAGAUCUUCGAUUCAAGGAACCAAGCUCAAAGUCAGAUGCCGCAGACUACCUGCCGUGGGAACUACUACAGGAUGUCUCUGCUACUCGUCCUGCGCCAAGCUCUGCAGCUCGCCGGCUAGAGCAUCUCACCUCAAAGCUUCAGAGAAUUGAUGAACAGCUGUUAGCAAUACAGAACAUUGCUGAAAACAUAGAGCAGAAUUACCCGAGACACAUCAUGCUAGACCAACUUUGUAUUAAGGUUGAACCUGUAGAUCACAUUGAGCUGUCUUCUGGCCCCGAAUCUGAAAAAACAUUGCCUUCAAAAACCAUUCACAUUCCUGAAGAAGUGCAUUUCCUGACUCAUAUGAAUAAAGAAGAUCAAAGGAACAACGAACAGAUUUCAGUAACGGAAACUCAUCCUAGUCAGAAAACCUGUGUGUUUCCUUCUGCCGAUUCACCUGUCAGCCUUUCCAGUGACCAGAAUUUGACUUCUCCUGGUGUGAAUAACAGUGAUGAAUUAUUUGAGAGUGUUUCAGUAGAUCCACUCCAGAUGAGUGAACUGACUGAUAUUGCAGACAUUAUCAAUGACCUUAUAACAAAAGAUGGAGUUUCCAGUGAAGAGCUUGGCUUAACAGAACAACAGGCGAGGAGCAUCUCCAGGAUUCAGCAUUUCUCUGGUAGACGGCCACAAAGAACUGAGAAGGAGAGAAAAGAGAUUCAAGUCUGGAUGAAAAGAAAACGAAAAGAAAGAAUGGCAGAGUACUUAAAUCAGCUAGCAGAAAAGAGAGGGCAAGAACAUCAUCCUUUCUGCCCCAGGAGCAACCCAUUUUACAUGACUUCGAGGGAAAUCAGGCUGAGACAAAAGAUGAAACACGAAAAAGACAGAUUGCUACUCUCUGACCACUAUAGUCGUCGAAUCUCACAAGCAUACAGUCUGAUGAAUGAACUGUUAUCUGAAUCAGUACAGCUUCCAGCAACUGCACAGAAACCAUUGCCUAACAAACCCAGACCUGCUCAAAUUCCCAGAAGGCAACGCUCACUUUCUCCAAGAGGAGAGAAUCGACAUGAUCACAAUUUUCCCAUACAUAGACCUGGAAAAGUCAGAUAUAUAUCCAUCAAACCAAGUUAUACCCAAAAGGGGAGACUUUUGGGGCAAACUCAAGGCUCACCUUGGCCAUGUGGAACUGCUACUUUUACCAUACAGAGGAAGGGUGGUGGAGCCAAAGUGGCAGUAAGAAAGGCUGUGCAGUCUCCAGUUACCAUCCAAAAAGGGUCUAAUGCUCCCUGUCUGCGGUGUACAAAAAAUCACACAAGUGCUGGUCUUGCACCUCAAACCAAGGAGGUAUGUUUAGAGUAUGAGAGAGAGGAGACUGUGGUGAGCCCCUGGAUGGUACCUUCAGACAUCCGUGCGAUUCUCUAUGAGAGUCACAGUUCCCUUCUACAGGACUCAUCACCAACUGAAGAAAAGCCAGCGCCUCCUUUUGGGGUGGGUGGCACGGACAGCUUGUCUGAGAGCACGGGCAGCAUCCUCAGCAAGCUUGACUGGGAUGCCGUCGAAGAUAUGGUGGCCGGUGUGGAGGACAAGAGCCCGUCUGUCCACUGGGCCCUGGACCUGUAAGACCUGAAUGUCACUCUGCUUCCACGCAAAGGCCGGCAACUCAGUGUUGUAGUUCUGAAAGAUUUGUGGGUUUAAGGGAGAGAAGCAAUGAAAGAAGCAAUGUGAAUUUACCACCUGCAGGCAUAUUAUUACCUUGAUUAGACAUUUUAAGAGGAAAAAUAAACAUUUCUCAGUAAGUUUGCCUUCAAGGGAAAGGGGUUAACUAUAGAUGUGUUAUAUGUUUUUGCAUUUGACUUAUUAUCUUUAGGUAUAAUUUUUUAAAAGAUGAAAUAAACAGUACCUUUCAAGCCAAGCUUGUAUAAUAUUUAAGCUUCUUUCAAUAAAAAUCUUCUCUCUUGCCUCAUCCUUUACUCCCUCAGUUUUAAGAAACAACCUUAGCUGGGUAAACCUGAUAGGAAAAAAAAAUUCUU